CUAUCACAUGUGAUAUGUUUCCCUGGUUUGCAGUAAAUCGGUGCGCGCCGCUGUAGAUGCAGAUACCGGUAGAUAGAUCGGAUUGUGGAGACACCGAGGUCUGGAGAAUUGAAAGCAGGUGACCUAUCAUCCCGCCACGGGUGCUUCCAUCCGAUGGACAAACAACCAAACAAUAUCGUCGUCGAUUUUGCUAGUAUCAUCGCCGUCUGUUUUCGCAACGCUGUUGACACAAUCACCGCAAUCACAUCAACAUCGUCUUACAACAUCACGACUCUUUGUCAAAUCGUAUCGAUUGGUCGUAAUACUUUGGGACAUUGUGAGAUUCAUUGAAAAUGAAAAACUUGAUUAUUCAAACCCUCGUCCACGCGAAUCACAUUUUGCAUCAUCAGAAUGUUGUCGAUGCUUAUGGUCAUGUGUCUGUUCGCCAUCCGGACAACCCAGGUAUCUUUAUUAUGUCGGCAUCGACCGCGCCAGCAUUGGUCUCAUCCAUCUCCGACUUGGUACAUUAUAAUGUAUCCGAUGCUGCUCCAGUAGAUCCGAAGGCGAAGAAGGGCUACCAAGAACGGUUUAUCCACAGCGAAAUUUACAAGAGAUUUUCAGAAAUCAAUUGCGUUAUCCACAGUCAUGCCGAGGCCGUAAUCCCCUACACGAUGAACGGAGUCCAGAUGAGACCGAUAUUUCACAUGGCUGGGUUCUUAGGUGACCACGUACCUAAUUUUGAUAUCACGGAGCUAUACACCUCGAACGAUAGACAAGACUUCUUGGUAAACUCUGGACGGUUUGGCAGUGCCUUGGCCGAGAAAUUUUCCAAGCCGGAAUCAAGCACCCAAGACUAUAACGUCGUCUUAAUGGCAAAUCACGGUUUCACGACGGUUGGAUCAAGUAUCAAGCAAGCCAUCUACCGUGCCGUUUAUACUCAAGUCAACGCGGGUCUCCAAGCAAAAGCUCUUAUGCUCAGGAACGCCGAGGGAAGAGUUGCUGACCUUGGCCCUUUAAGGUUUUUGAAUGCCGAACAAGCUUCUGGUUCCGAAAAAUUUAACGACGACACCGCAGAAAGACCUUGGCAGUUAUGGGUGCGAGAAGUUGAGGCAAGCCCUUUGUAUCAGAAUGAAGCAAUACAGAUGGAUUCCUCAGAUGAGGUAUGA